AUGGAUUCUGACGCUGGCUCCAGCUGCAGUCGCUCUUCCUCCCCAGACAUUGUCGUGGAUGACUCUGCAGGCAGCUUUUUUUCCAACAAGAUGUUCCACCCGUAUCUACAGGACCACAGGGACGCCGGGAAGUCCGAGGGAAAGGUGAAGGGAAGUUCAGAGCUCAAUAAAGAGGAGAACCAGGAUUUGAGACUGAAGGUGAACAGCCGAGAGAGGAAGAGGAUGCAUGAUUUGAACCAGGCGAUGGAUGGGCUCAGGGAGGUCAUGCCCUACGCUCAAGGCCCAUCAGUGAGGAAGCUCUCCAAGAUCUCCACUCUGCUACUAGCUCGCAACUACAUUCUCAUGCUGUCCAGCUCGUUGGAGGAGAUGAAGAAGUUAGUGGGAGAUGUUUAUGGAGGCAGUGCGGCUGUACAACCCCGCGCCCCAGCUCAUCCAGUCAUGGCCUCCACAACUCCCGGGGCUCACCUUUCUUUGCACCCUCUGGCCCCGUCACUGCACUCGCUGGUGGGAAGCACACCCUUGUCUCUGCAGCACCACUCUUCUCAAACGGCCACAGCAGCAGCCCCAGCUUCACACUCGCCCUCACACUCCAGCAGCUUCCUGAGCUUCCACCCUUCAGUCCAGGGCCUCCUAAAGGAUUCCCUCCACAUGAACCACCACUCAUUCAGGCACUUCCCAGGCAUGCCCUGCCCCUGCUCACUGUGCCAACCACUUCCCACCACCACAUCCACGCUAUCCAGCCUGGCAUUGAACAAGUGA